AUGUCAAUAUUCCCCGAGGUGCAAAACCCUGGUGUAAACAGAAAAGAUCAUAAUCAGCUUAUUGUUCCUCUUGACCGUGCUGAUGCUAAAGAAAAUCAGGAUGCUAUCCACAUCAUGUGGACUCACACAAUUGCUACAAAAAUAGAUGGUUGGACACCUAAUCAUUUUGUUGCCUGUAUUCACAAGUAUAAGGAACCUCUUUCAAAGCGUUCUAGGUUAUUCUUUGAGGAUUCUGAGCCUCAUCGCUCAUUUGAACCAAAACAAUCACAAAAUAGUCCUUCCCCAUUCUUUGAGUCUAACACAAAUGAGGAGUCUAUUGAAACAGGUAAAUUGGGGGAAACUGCAAAGAAAGAAACGGACAAACAUGUUGAGGUUGCUUCCUUUUUCGAUUCUUCUUCAUCAGAAGAUGAUAUGUCAGAAAUACCAGUUCAAAAGGCCCAGGUUGUACAUGAAAAAUGGCAUACACCCGAGAUUGGUAGUACCCCAAAUCAGCCACGGAAUAUUUUCUUUCCAGCAAAAAGGUUUGGUAAAAAGAUGAGAUCUUUCAAUGCCUCCUGGUUUGAUCGGUGGUCUUGGUUACAUUAUGUAGUAAACAAAGAUGUUGUAUUCUGUUUUUCUUGCAUAAAAUCAUUUCAGAAGAAGACUCUCAGUUGUCACAAGAAAGAAAAAGCUUGCAUAUCUAGAGGUUUUAAAAACUGGAAAAAAGCAACCACAAAAUUCGCCGAACAUGAGAAAAGUGAUUGUCAUAAAGAGGCAAUGGAAAGGGAGUUUACGAUAAAGAAGGAGGUUAAAGAUGUUGGAGAAUCUCUUUCAAAGACACACGAAGUCGAGAAGAAGUCUAACAGAGAGAAUUUGCUAAAAAUCACAAACAUUUUGAAGUUUCUUGCUCGACAAGGAAUUGCUCUUCGGGGUGACAAAGACGAGAAAAACUCAAACUUUAAUCAACUUCUCAUGCUUGAGGCUAAACGCGAUCCCCAGCUUCAGGAAUGGCUUCAACGCAAGACAAAUAAGUACGUUGCUCCAGAUAUACAAAAUGAAAUAUUGCAGGUCAUGGGGUUGCAGGUUUUACGACAAAUUGUUGCCUUCAUCAAAUCGUCUGAAUUCUUUUCAAUCAUGGCAGACGAAACACGAGACAUUUCGAACAAAGAGCAACUUGUUUUAUGCAUUCGAUGGGUAGAUCAAAAUUUCACCGCUCAUGAAGAUUUAUUAGGGAUGUACUGUCUUCCUGACAUUGGGGCUAAUUCAAUAACCCUAGCAAUUAAAGAUGCCCUCUUGAAGUUCGAUCUGCCUAUCAGCAAAGUACGAGGCCAGUGUUAUGACAUGGCUGGUUCAAAGACAGGUGUUGCAACACAAAUUCAUGCACUUGAACCCAGAGCCCUUUACAUACACUGUUAUGGUCAUGCUCUUAACCUAGCUUGCAGUUAUUCUAUUAAGGCAUGUAAGUUGCUUCGAGACACCCUGGACAUUGCAAAGGAUAUAACAAAGUUGAUUAAAGAAUCUCCAAGAAGGGAGAUGAUUUUCAAUACAUUAAAAAAUGCCCAAAAUCUAGAGAAAACGUCAGCGGGAAUAAGGGUUUUGUGUCCCACAAGAUGGACAAUAAAGGCCGACACAUUUUUGAGCAUUUUUUCAAACUAUGAAAUUUUAAGAAAUGUUUGGGAUGAAUGCCUCCAAUACGUGCGUGAGGUAGAAAUGAGAAACAGAAUAUUAGGGGAGUGGCUGCUUAUAUGUGCAGGUUUGAUUUCUUCUUUGGGUGUUUACUGA